AAUGCGCGCUGUCGGUGGUGCCGAGGUUGUGAUAUCCCUGUGAAACAUGUGGCUGGAAGUUAUACUGUGGUUGAUAUGUGGACUGAUCGUUGUCUGGGCGCUGCUGGAUCCAAUCAGCCGAGUUGCGAGUGCUGCUUGGGAAAUACUCGUUCCGAUUGUCAAUUCGAAACCGGUGGACUUACGGAGCGAGUUUGGAGACUGGGCUGUGGUAACCGGUUCUACCGAUGGUAUUGGCAAAGCUUAUGCUAAUGAAUUAGCAUCAAGAAACAUUAAUUUGAUUCUUAUAAGCAGAACAUUGGAAAAGCUGGAAGCAACAAAAAAGGAAAUUUUACAAAUUAAUCCAAAUAUCCAAGUAAAAAUUAUUGUUGCCGAUUUCAGUAAAGGAAAAGAGAGUUUAUGCAAUAUUGAGACUGAAUUAAAAGAUUUUCCAAUUGGUAUAUUAGUUAAUAAUGUCGGCAAGCAAUAUGAGUAUCCAAUGUAUUUGGGGGAAGUACCGGAAAACGAGCUCUGGGACAUCAUUAACGUGAAUGUCGGGGCGACGACGCUGAUGACGCGUCUCGUGAUCAACGGCAUGAAGAACCGUGGCAAGGGCGCCGUCGUGAAUAUAUCGUCGGGUUCGGAGCUUCAGCCUCUACCUCUGAUGACCGUCUACGCGGCUACCAAAGUCUACGUGGGCAGCUUCUCCGAGGCUUUGCGCGCCGAAUAUUCGAAAUUCGGCCUCACUAUUCAGCACCUCACGCCGCUCUUUGUCAAUACGAAAAUGAACGCAUUUAGCCAGCGACUUCAGGUGUCGACGAUCUUUGUUCCAAAUGCAGCUACCUAUGCUAAAAAUGCCAUUUCAACGCUGGGUAAAGUAAAUACAAGUACAGGUUAUUGGGCCCAUGGCAUACAGAAUUUUUUUACCUUGAUACCACCGGUUUGGAUACGUAUGAAGAUUGGCCAGAUUAUGAAUCAAAUUCUGCGAAACGAUUAUUUCAAAGAGAAAAAGCAAUAAAAAUACUAUUUCUACCUAAUAUGUAAUAUGCUUUUGCUUUGAUUAAUUUAAUCAAUACACAUAUGCAACAAUAUGUUAUGAAUUAUGACAAUAAAUAUAAUUAUUAUGCAUUCUAUAA